GGGGUCUAGAGGCGCUCCGCGCCUGCGCAAAGGGCGCGACGGCGUCCUGCGUCGUUCCUUUUUAAACCAGUGGCGGGGAACUGCUCCGGAAGCCCCUGGCGCCGCUGUCUGCUGGGUGGAAUCACGUACCGUCAUCCGUGGGCCUGGCAAUGGCGCUGCAACUCUCCCGGGAGCAAGGCAUCACCUUGCGCGGGAGCGCCGAGAUCGUGGCCGAGUUUUUCUCGUUUGGCAUCAACAGUAUUUUAUAUCAGCGUGGCAUAUAUCCAUCGGAAACCUUUACUCGGGUGCAGAAAUAUGGACUCACCUUGCUUGUAACUACUGAUCCUGAGCUCAUAAAAUACCUAAAUAAUGUGGUGGAUCAACUAAAAGAAUGGUUAUACAAGUGUUCAGUUCAGAAACUGGUGGUAGUCAUCUCAAAUAUUGAAAGUGGAGAGGUCCUUGAAAGAUGGCAGUUUGAUAUUGAGUGUGACAAGACUGCAAAAGAUGACAGUGCACCCAGAGAAAAGUCUCAGAAGGCCAUCCAAGAUGAAAUCCGUUCAGUGAUCAGACAGAUCACAGCUACAGUGACAUUUCUGCCACUGUUGGAAGUUUCUUGUUCAUUUGAUCUCCUCAUUUAUACAGACAAAGAUCUGGUUGUACCUGAAAAAUGGGAAGUCGGGACCACAGUUCAUUACCAAUUCUGAGGAAGUUCGUCUUCGUUCAUUUACUACUACAAUUCACAAAGUAAAUAGCAUGGUAGCCUACAAAAUUCCUGUCAAUGACUGAGGAUGAGAUAUGGACAAUAAUGUACUUGUAACUCUCAAAUGUGGUUUUCCUUCCAGAUCAACUAUAGUUGGUGUGUUUUAUUUCAUUUGUUAAUUUUUAAAUGAGGAAAACUUAACAUGAUGCUUUACUGAAUCUGUGCAAAAUUGUUCCAGUUUGGUAUCUAUCUGACUUUCCAUAGGGUUGGCAUAAGUUACUGCACAGAUUACAUCAGUACUGCAGUGUUACUUUCUUUCAAGGUAGUAACUGUAGGUGGAAAAACUUUUGCUAAAUGCCUUUCUAAGUCAGGCUUUUGGUCAAGUAGCUUGACUCAGAAUGUAGAGAAAUAUUUAAAUAUAAAAUAGAACAAAAGAAAUAUGAAUAUUUAGAAUCUUCAUUUAGAUCCUGAAAGUAACUAAUAAUAAUCCAUAAGUAGUGAAAUAUUGCUCUUUAUUGGGUCCUUUUGCCAUUUAUUUCAUUUUUAUAGUUUCCAUAUUGAAAAAAUGUCCAAUUAUUUGAGUUUAAUUUAUGUAACUUGAGUCUAUAAAGCUGUGGAUAUCCCCACUCUUCAAAUUGUUGUGAUACAGAACUCUUAAGAAUGUCUUUUCAUGUUUUAUAAAAUCAAGCUCUAAAUGACAAUGAUGAAAUAAAGUUAAAUGUGUAUGCUUUAAA